CUCUCAUAAAAUUACAAUCUCUCUAUCCCUCCCUCCCUCUCUCUUUCUCUUUCUCUCUUUCCCUGGGUUGGAGAACUUGCAGGUCCUUAAAAUUAAACCAUGGCUUCAUCUUUAAACCAACGCAUGUUAUUCCCUCUUAUGUUCGUAAUUGGUAUGUUCUGCUUAAUGGUAACUCCUUCUAUUGCGGAACUUCCCAUAUUCAAACACCCUCCAAAAAAACAACAAUCUCUUAAUAUAUUGGUCCUUGGAGAUUGGGGAAGAAAAGGAACCUACAAUCAAUCUUUGGUCGCCAAUCAGAUGGGAAUUGUGGGAGAGAAACUAGACAUAGAUUUUGUGAUCUCCACUGGUGACAAUUUUUACGAAGAUGGACUAAAAGGGGUUGAUGAUCCAGCAUUCUACCAAUCAUUCGUCGACAUGUACACUGCCCCAAGCUUGCAAAAGACAUGGUACACUGUUCUGGGUAACCAUGACUACAGAGGUGAUGUUGGGGCACAACUAAGUCCAAUUCUAAAACAAAAAGAUAGCAGAUGGCUUUGCAUGAGAUCUUUUAUUCUCGAUGGAGAAAUUGUGGAAUUUUUCUUUGUGGACACCACUCCAUUUGUAGAAGAGUACUUCACGGACCCAGGAGAGCAUACCUAUGACUGGGAAGGCGUUCUUCCUCGCCUAGCUUACCAUUCAGAACUCUUGAAGGAUGUUGAUUUAGCUUUGGCUCAAUCAAAAGCAAAAUGGAAGAUGGUGGUGGGUCAUCAUACCAUCAACAGUGCUGGGCAUCAUGGUAACACCGAAGAGCUUAAACAGCUACUUGUUCCCAUCUUAGAGGCGAACGAUGUUGAUGCAUACAUAAAUGGACAUGACCACUGCUUGCAGCAUAUAAUUGACAAUAAUAGUGGAAUUCACUUUAUAACAAGUGGAGGUGGAUCAAAGGCAUGGUCGGGCGAUGUCAAGCCAUGGAAACUGGAAGAACUGAAGUUGUAUUAUGAUGGGCAAGGAUUCAUGUCUAUGCAGAUCACCAAAAGCAAAGCAGAUAUCAUAUUUUAUGAUGCCUUUGGCAAAGUUUUGCAUACAUGGAGCAUAUCCAAAGACCGUAGCGUAGCAGCCUGGAUAUAAUAAGCUAAAGUACACACAUUACCGGCUCUAUGUUAUGAAAAUGGAGGUCCCUCUGGCUGACAAUUAGGGCAACUUAAAAAUGUACUAUUUGUAACAAAGAAAAGAAGAAAAAAGAACGUUUAGAGAAAUUCUAAUGUCCUUGCAGUAGCUGUAGUAUGCACCCUAACUCGUGCUAUAGAAGUUUCAGAAACAAAGGCAUACACUACUUUGUAGUAUUUGUAAGUACUUCUGUAAGUGAUCAUUGAGCCUUGAGGCUUGCCCUGACCCUGGUGAGCCCUUGGGACCCAAUCACAUAAACUUUUCAUUAUCAAAAAAAAAAAAUGAUGGAUGGUCUGAUUGUUCUACACAUAA